UUUUUAUUGUGAUUUGAUAGUAACCGAUGUCGAUUUUUAUGUGAGGAUUUACGUGGUACUGUUUCAUUGUCAUAACUUAUUUAUAUAUCAUGCUCAAAUUGGUGGAUGUUGUUAUUGUUGUAGGGUUCUUUUUUGAGACAUUCAGAUAUAAUCAAUUGUAUUCGUAUAAAAGGAUGGAGCCAUUCCGUUGCUUGCUACAAACUUAUCUCUCUUCAAUAUCAUAGAGCUAAUCACCUCUUCCCUUUCCUUUAAAUAACCCCAUUACACUCCUUCUUAUAAUUUACAAUUAUGCUUGACCUUAACGAAUUAUCUAAAUACUUCACUAAAUCCCAACAACAAGAUAUGAUUGACAUGGAUAUCAGUUGUAUGCAGAAUCCUCCUGGACGAAUUAGACGCGCCAGAGUGAGAAAAGUUAAACCAGACCAUAUUCCUCGCCCAGUCAACAGCUUCAUGUCUUACCGCACUGAAAAGCAAUCUAUCAUUCGUAAGUUCUGUCCAACUGCCAAUCAUCGUGAUAUCUCAAGAAUGGUUGCCAAAUGGUGGCACAAUGUCGGAAGUCACGAGAAGGACAUCUUUGUCGAAAAAGCUAAAGCUGCCAAAGAUGCUCACAACGAACAGUAAGCCUUUUUAUAGUGCACCUUAUUG